GAAGAGAACUGGGAUUUCACAAUAACGGGUCUUAUGAACAGCAAACUGCUGCAACCAGAGGAAGCCGGUAUCUUGUCUAACUAUCCUGUCUGUAGUGGAGGGCUGUCAGUUGUUGGACUGACUUUGACGGUGGGAAAAGUUUGAUGGGAGACACAAAAAAUCUCCAGCCGAUGCUUUCUGCGUGCCGGUGAUGGUGUGGCGACUCGGUCACGGGAGAUUCUUGCGCAAAAAUGCGGAUUUUUCUCCCUUUGCUGUCUGUUCUUUGCGUCACACAGGUCCACGGAAUUUUCAGCGGAACCUGUCCCAGAAAACACCCUCCCCCUGGUGUGUUGGUUUUAUCCCCGGGUAGUAAGUUGGUUCUGAACUGCAAAGGUCAUGUAAUGGUGGACGGAGUAAAGGUCAAGCUUUCCGGACACAGCUCAAACACCAGCAGAAGAGGGAGUUCUUUGCUGGCUCCCACAACCACUGGAAACAUUAUAAACAAAAAGCGUGCCAUGGACAGUACUGUAAAUGAGGGACACCACUUUAACCCUGAGGCAGCAGUCAGUACUGUGACGGGAGAAAACAGAAGCCCCAGAAAUACAGAUACAGCAUACACAGUUUCUCCCACCACUCACGGGGUCCAACCACCCAGCGUUGGCAGACUGCUGAAGGGUGAAUCCCACUGGGAGGCAGGAGAGGUGGUCGAAGGGGGUGAUUAUGAGGAGGAUGAGGAGGACGAAGGGGAGGAAGGGAGCAGGGUAACAAGACUACAGUCGAGGCCUCAGUGGAAGUGGAACGGGAGGACAGUGGGGAACAUAGAUAGAGACUUGAGAGAAAUCACAUUUGAGAGGAGUGAAGCUACACUGUCUCUGUUCUCAGUAAGCGUGACAGACUCUGGGAAGUAUACGUGUCAUCACAGAGGCAGAGAGAGGUUCUCCUUAAAAGUAAUUGUUGCAGAUCCUCCAGAGGAUCCCAGCCUGUCCUGCUACAAAAAGUCACCCAGCAGUAAGAUUCGCUGUGAGUGGGCACCUCAGAGGCCUUUUACUAGACAGCAGAACUGUUACCUCAUACUGAAUAAAAGACCGACAGAGACAUUCCGUCAUGUGCAGUGCUCAUACUCAUCUCGGCUCUCCCGCUAUUGGUGCGCUCUGGACCACAACGAGGACGAGAUGAGAACGCUUCAUAUGGCCUACCUGUGCGUGACGAGCAUCGCAGGCAACGCCACCAGCACCCUGCUGCCCUUCACACCUCUGGGCAUUUUAAAGCCGGACCCUCCAUCAGAUGUGAAAGUCAAGCAGGAGGAGGGACACGAGACGUGGAUAAAGGUCACCUGGAAUUUCCCGACCUCCUGGAAGCCUCAAGACAGAUAUUAUGAAUUAAUCUAUGAGGUCAAAUACCGGCCUCUCAAGUCCUCAUUUUAUCACGAGCAGAUAGAGAUGAUUAAGGGCUUAGGACGCUCCCACACGAUCACUGAUGCAAUGCCUGGUGUUCAGUACCUGAUACAGCUCAGAGCCAAGGAAGAGUAUGACGGUCAGUGGAGUGACUGGAGUACACCUGUCAAUGCCAGAAGCUGGACAGCUCCAUCACUCAGUGAUGAUCUGAUUACCACAAUGUUUCCAAUAUCCACAGAGGAAGGAUCUGGCACAGAUGACUACAUGCCUGAGGCGGAUCCUGAAGCAGGGGAUAGUGGAGUGAAGGUGUCACAUCACGUCCUGUGGAUCCCUGGUUCAUUUUUUUUCUUGUCAGUCAUCUUGGCUGCCUACAUAUUCAGACACAGGGACAGAUUUAUGUCUAAACUCCACCGUGUGAGUGUCAUCAUCCAUUCUGGUGACUCAUCUCAGAUUCCACCCACCAUCUCAGCAGCCCCAGAAGGACAGGCCCUGGUGACGUUUACCUCUCCGCGUUACAAAGAUCCCCCACCCAGCGAAGCAGAAGAAGAGGAAGAAGGAAAUGAGGAAGAACCGAGGGUCAAGGAGAGGAUAGAAGCCGUGCAUUUCAACAACACAAGUUAUUUCUUGGUCCAGAGGGAGUGAUGGCCGCUCAGAAAUGGGAAAAAUAU